AUGCCGAACGCACGACAAGAAGCCAGUCUUACACAAAUUCGUCGAUUACUCUCUCGUUGGGAUCAAGGUUCAACUAAAGCUCGUCGUCAAAUUUUACUUGACUUUAUUGAAUUACAUAAAUCAAUAACUGAACCUGAACUUGAAACUGAAUUUGCUCAAUCGGCUAGUUUAUUUUUUACUCGUAUUACUUCAUGGUUACGUAUAACUUAUCUUUUUGGUACAUGUUUAAAUGAACAAUUGAGAGCACUUCGUGUUUUUUUACAAUCAUCAACAGGAAAUAAAUUUCUUAGUGAAUUUCUUGAUGUUGGUGGUCUAUUUACACUUCUUGAAAUACUCAAUGUUAAUCAAAUUAAAGAUGAAGAUAAAAGACAAGCUUUAGAAUUAUUAAAAUUAAUUGCUGAUAAUGGUCGCGUAUAUAAAGAAUUAAUUUGUCAAUCAUAUGGUAUUCGAGCUAUUGCUGAAUGUAUGGCAAAAUCAACAACACAUGAAAAUACACAAAAAUCAGCACAAAUAUUACUUGAUUCAUUAGCACUUGGAAAUCCAUUAUAUAUUCAACAAGUAUAUAAAGGUCUUAUUGCUAUUUUACUUUCAACAUCAGCAAAAGCACAAGAAUUAGCUGUUUCUCUUCUUUGUAAACUUCAACCUCAAUUAGAAAGAGUUCAUGGAAGUUUACUUGAACCAGUUGUUAAUCUUCUUCAAUCCUUUCAUGCUGAAGUUCAAUAUCAAGCGAUGGAAUUUAUAAAAAUUCUUAUGUCAAAGGAUUGGAAUGAUGAAAAUACAGCAGCCAUAAUAGCUCAACUAUUAAUUAAUUGUUUGAAAGAUUCAUUAAAUCAAGAUAAAACUGACAUUGAUGAUGAUGAGGAAGAGGAGGAAGUUGAAGAAGAUGAUCAUGAAGAUAAUAAUAAACUAAUUGAUUCACUUAAAGGUGGUCCUAUGCCAAUAUUUAUUCAACAAGCAGCUAUAUGUAAAUGUAUUCGUUUACUUACUAACCAACGUGAUCGUUUUUUACGUUUAAAUAUUGUUCAUCUUUUAUUAUGUGUUAUGGGCAAUGAAUCUUAUCCUGAGAGUCAACGUCAAGCUUCAUUAACUCUUCAUUUUUUUGUGGAAAAAUAUUCAAGUGUUUAUGACGUAGUAUUCGAAGCUCUUGGUGAACAAUUAUUUGAUAUGUUCUAUCGUGAUCCUGAUGGAUUUUAUUCAGAGAUGAAUUCUAUUCAAGCUGAUGUAUGUCGAUCGAAUCGUGUGAAUAUGUCUUCUGAGUAA